CCGGCCUUUAGGGGGCAGUGUUGCUUCACAGCUCGCUCUGACAACUUGUUGAAAGUGCGAACAACUACAACCUUAUGGAGGAGGGGACGGCUGAGCUGAAGGAGAAGUGUAGGAGUUUGGAGCAAGAACAGAAGCUGGGAGGAGGGAGAGGUGAGAGAAGCCGGGUGCAGAUGUAAGCAGAAAGGCAUCACAUGCACAGCUGAGACGCUAUUACACAAUGUAAUUACAGUUUACUUAGCAUGACUGCUUUCCUUUCCUCCACUUAGAUUCAUGAAGAAAACCAGGCUCACGUUUUAAUUCCCAAACCAUAGAAUAGAAAAAUAGGUCCUCUGCUCCUAAAAUAUAUUAAUAAAUAUGAGUGUGGGAGUCAUUUCCUCGUCCCUUCCUUCCUCCGUCUCCUCUUUCUGGCUGCCUCUUCAGGUAGAUGAGGCCCUUGAUCGUCGUCAUGCUGUGGAGUUGAUGGGAAAUCAAGCUUACGGAGAAAUUAAUUCCCCUCAAACCGGCUGAACAUCAGGGGCGUCCUCAAAUUGCUUUGCCUUCGCAAGUAGGUCAAGAAGGAUGCGUGGAAACAACUUCACAGGAUCCAGUGGCUCUUCCCUGUGGACACAGCUACUGCAUGAACUGUAUUAGAAGAUUCUGGGAUGGAGAAGACGGUAAGAGACUCUACAGCUGCCCUCAGUGCAGACAGACCUUCACACCGAGGCCUGUCCUGGUGAAAAACACCAUGUUAGCAGAGUUAGUGGAGCAGCUGAAGAAGACUGAACUCCAAGCUGCUGCUGCUGAUCACUGCUAUGCUGGACCUGAAGAUGUGGCCUGUGAUGUCUGCACUGGGAGGAAACUGAAAGCUGCCAAGUCCUGUCUGAUGUGUCUGGUCUCUUACUGUGAGACUCACGUCCAGCCUCAUUAUAAUUCCUCUGUCUUUGAGCAACACAAGCUGGUGGAGCCCUCCCAGAAGCUGCAGGAGAACGUCUGCUCUCGUCACCACAGAGUGAAGGAGCUUUUCUGUCGUACUGAUCAACAGUGUAUCUGUCAUCUCUGCUCUGUGGAUGAACAUAGAGGCCACGACACAGUCUCAGCUGUAGCAGAGAGGACUGAGAGGCAGAGAGAGCUCGAAGGGAGUCGACAGGAAAUCCAGCAGAGAAUCCAGGACAGAGACAAAGAGGUGAAGGUGCUUCAACAGGAGGUGGAGGCCAUCAGUCGCUCUGCUGAUCAAACAGUGGAGAACAGUGAGAAGAUCUUCACUGAGCUCAUCCGUGUGAUGGAGGAAAGAAGGUCUGAGGUGAAGCAGCAGAUCAGAUCCCAGCAGGAAACUGAAGUGGGUCGAGUCAAAGAGGUUCAGGAGAAGCUGGAGCAGGAGAUCACUGAGCUGAAGAGGAGAGACGCUGAGCUGGAGCAGCUCUCACACACAGAGGAUCACAUCCAGUUUCUACACAUCUACCCGUCACUGCCAGCACUGAGUGGAUCCACACACUCAUCCAGAACCAACACCCGUCCUCUGAGAUACUUUGAGGACGUGACAGCAGCUGUGUCAGAGCUCAGAGACCGACUACAGGAGGUUCUGAGGACGAUGUGCACAAACAUCUCACAGACAGUGACUGAAGUGGAUGUUUUACUGUCAGAACCAGAACCCAAGAGCAGAGCUGGGUUCUUAAAGUAUUCCUCUGAAAUCACACUGGAUCCAAACACAGCAAACACACGGUUGUUAUUAUCUGAGGGAAACAGAAAAGUAACAUAUAAGAGUCAAUUACAGUCUUAUUCUGAUCAUCCAGAUAGAUUCACUGAUUGGUGGCAGGUUCUGAGCAAAGAGAGUUUGACUGAACGUUGUUACUUUGAGGUGGAGUGGAGAGGAAAAGAAACAGUUAUUAUAGCAGUCGCAUACAAGAACAUCAGCAGAGCAGGAUGUGGUGCUGAAUGUGGAUUUGGAUUUAAUGAUAAAUCCUGGGCAUUAUUAUGUUACAAAACCAGCUAUGAAUAUUGUUACAACAACAUCUUAACUCCAGUCUCAGGUCCUCCAUCCUCCAGAAUAGGAGUGUACCUGGAUCACAGAGCAGGUCUUCUGUCCUUCUACAGUGUCUCUGAAACCAUGACUCUCCUCCACAGAGUCCAGACCACAUUUACUCAGCCUCACUAUGCUGGACUGUAUGUUUGGGGUGAAGAUGCCACAGCUGAGAUCUGUAAACUCAAAUAAGCUAAAGUCAUUUAAGAUGCAGCAGGUUAAACUUGACUUCAUCUUCAUCUUGUAAUAGUUCCCAUUUGUUGUGGCUGUCACAUCUGUACAUAUUUUAAUUUCUCCUUGGUUUGGUUUAGUUUAGUGUAACAAAACUCGUCUUUUCAAACUAUGUGAGUAGAUUCUCUCUGCUUAUUGGUCAGAUGUAUCAUCUAAUCUUUAGUGCAGUGCCCACACUCAUAUCAGCACUCGGAAAAUUAUAAAAAAGAACCUUUUUUUUUCAAAGUUGUUGGAUGGAUCACAGGCUACAUUGUGUGCAGAGAUGGAACCUAUUCAGAUGAUGCCCUUUGUGCUCUGAAAACCCCUGGUUUGUUCUGCUACAGAACAGCUGAAGACCUUUUGGGCCUAAUCUGGCUGCAGUGAUGACUCGUCUGGCGGUACAACAAUACCAACAAGCCAAACAGCGUGACUGCAAACAAAGGCGAGGCCUGCAGAUCCGGCGGUGGGCUCCAAACGUCGCUCUGUAUGCAUGCAUUCUUAUGGAAAUGAGCCAAAAUCAAAUUUGCAAUAAAUAUAUGCGCCGCCUCUGCUGCAAGUGUUCAGAAAAUCCAAUAAAGUGACGUCCUGCAGAUCGGAAUGAUUUUCAUCAGCGGAGUAACUUUAAGUGGGACUCCUGAAAGCACCCAGUGCAGCUUUCAGGCGACCGUAAUGAAGCCAAUCACUUUUAAUUUAGCUUCCCUGCAUCAACUGUGUGAUGGUAUAAUUGGGUUACAUAAUUAACACUAGCAGGAAAACAAACCGCAGCGCUUCUGUCAGCGUCUUGCAGGAGGACAGAGAGCUAAACGCUGCUGCCGGGGGUCUGAUUAGGUUGGAUCCACGGCCACACGGGAGGAGAGGGCGUCGGCGCGCUGACAGCUCUCUGGCCGAGCUGUGCUGGAACUAACAGGUGAAGGGGGGGGGCAGGUGAUGGGAUCAAUGAAGGGAGGGAGAAACUGGGCAAAUAAAGAUGAAAUGAGAUUAGAAGAAGGCGAGUGGGGAAAGGAUGACGGAGAGGAAGUGAAGUGACCGUCCUUGGUGUAAUUGGCAUGAAAAGGUUUCAUAUUCAAAGGUCACCGUCUGCUUCUCAACACCGAGAAACCUGCUCGUUUGGAUCAGUGUUUCACAAUCAGGCCGUGCUUCCUCCCCUCUGUCUUAAUAAUUGGUGUUGCUGCGAGACAUGACUUGCAGAUUACACACUGUCACGAGCGACCGUCAGCAAAAAUGCGUGUUUGCAAAGAAAGGAGGAAAAUCAAAGGCGGAAUGUAUCUGUUUUUGUCACAACAUGAUGACAGACAGCUGUUCAUUGAGAGGAGGCGAGUCAAAUGCAACAAUGGCUCUGACACGUUUGGUUUUUAGACGACUUAGAUGAUAAAAGUUUGAUGGAUCAACAAAAAAAAGUGCUACAGACGUCCAUUACACUGUCAGAACCAAUCUGUGGCUUUAAAGCUUCAAUCUAUAUUGAAGUAGAUUGUCUAUUAAAAAAUGUUGUUAAAUAUUUAAAUAUUAAACAUGUUGUGUAUACUGUA